AUGGUACGAGUGCCUGCUCUUCGUGCAGCGCUGGCACUCUUAUUUGCCGCGAGCCAGCGCCGUGUGCGGGCAGGCAAAGACACCCACACCUACACGGCCGGAGAAGAUGUUGUCGUAUGGACAGACAAAGUGGGCCCGUACAACAACCCGCAGGAGACUUACGAGUACAGUACCCUGGGCCUUUGUGAGCUGGAAGGUGAGGAUAUAGCUGUGGAACAGGGUGAGCUUUCCAUCGGUGAGACUCUCGAAGGCCAUGCCUUUUACUCCUCACCUCGGUUGGAUAUUCAUUUCGGGCAGAACAAAGCCCACACCCAGCUUUGCAGCAUGGUUUUGACUGAAGAGAAGGCGAAGGCCCUCGCAGGCAUGAUCAACGACAAUUACUGGUACCAAAUCUACAUUGACGAUUUGCCCAUAUGGGCGUUCGUUGGCGAGCACUCCAAGUUCGCACUAGAUGUCAGUCGGUUCUCCAUGAUGUACCGGGACAACAACAGGUCACUACAGCUGCCGUCUUCGGGUUCGGGAGCUGCCCCACCGGUCCCCAAACACUUGAAGGGUAAACCCCUUCCUCGCAUCUACACUCAUCGCCACUUCACACUCUUCUACAACAACGAUCAAAUCAUCGAGGUAGACAUGGAGCCAUCCUCACCAUGGCCAAUUUAUGGUGGUGCGCCACUGAACUUGUCCUACACCGUCCAAUGGUUUCCGACCAGCAACGAGUUCAAGGACAGGACCAACCGAUACCUGGAUCCAAAGUUUUUCGAGCACAAGGUGCAUUGGUUCUCCAUUGUAAAUUCCUUCAUGCUCUGCCUGUUUUUGUGCGCGGUGGUCGCGAUCAUCUUGAUGAAGACGCUGAAGCGCGACUUCACGCGGUACUCGGCCAGCGAGGCUGAAGAGCUGGAAAACUUAGAUGGGGUCGGAGAUGAGAGCGGGUGGAAGCAGGUGAAUGGAGACGUGUUCCGAAAGCCAGAUCAUCUGGCAAUUUUCACCGUGGUGUAUGCUUCGGGAUGCCAUCUGGCUUGCACAGUCUUCAUUGUCCUGAUCUUCGCGAUAUGCAAUUCGUAUUACGCAUCACGCGGAGCUACUGCAGGAUCCUUCGUCAUAGCGUACCUGUGUACAGUUAUAGUUGGCGGGUAUGAAGGUGGAAGAAUAUUCCGCAUGUUUGGAGGCCAGCACUGGAAAAGGACGAUGGUCUACCAAUGCUUAUUCAUGCCCGGCAUUGCCUUCAUUAGUUUCGUCGUCAUCAACACGACAGCCAUCUUCUACAGAGCCACGAUGAUAGUGCCUUUCAAGACAAUCUUCAUUAUCCUGGUCCUGUUCCUGGCUGUUUGCGUACCCCUGCACACCGUUGGAACACUUCUUGGGCGGCGAGCUGCUGCAGAGCGCUCCUUCCCUUGCCGUGUGCACCAUCUGAAGAGGCCCAUUCCAACAAAGCAUUGGGCUUUCACGCCCAUCAUGACGAUGGUUGCAGGAAUUGUGCCCUUUGGCUGCCUCUUCAUCGAGAUGUAUUUCAUUCUGUCUGCAGUUUGGAGCCACAACAAGAUCUACUAUGUCUAUGGCUUCAUGUUUGCGAUUUUGAUAUUGCUUUGUCUGGUUAUCGUGUGCGUCAGCAUUACCUGCACCUACAUCCUCCUCAACGCGGAGGAUUACAGAUGGCAGUGGCAAUCGUACAUCAGUUGCGCAGCCACAGCGCUGUACGUUUUCGCAUACACGAUUCAUUACUUCUACAACUCUACUCAGAUGUCUGGCUUCCUGCAGACGGUGUACUACUUUGGUACAUCGCUGAACUUCUGUAUUGGUCUUUCUUUGUUUUGUGGCUCACUGGGCUUUAUUGGCGCCUCCAAGUUUGUAUUCCUCAUAUACAGCAACAUCAAAGCGGAAUGA